GCGUGUUUCGGUGCAGUACCUUCCAAUCCGUCACCAAGGGAUCAACGUUUUCGCUCUGAUGCCACUCCCGCGAUCACAUUUCCCCGUAACCGAUUCAGUUUUCGCAUAGACUAACACUUGUGAAUUUCUAAAAAACUCGUACUGGGAUUGUCUAGUAAUGCACCCCUGUUUCAACUCUUUUCAGUAAUUGUGAAUUCGUGUUGUGAGCUACAGCUUAAUUAAAAUUUAGGAAUAAAGCUGUGCAAGCGUCAACAAUCUUAAAUAUCAUGAUUCAGAUUAGCAACAGUUGGACAAAUCCUUAAACUGUUAUCGUAUUGAUUAAAAUACCAACCGCAUUGAAGUACAGAUCUUUUAAAAUGAAUACAGAUUCAAUAAAAUUAAUCUUCCUACUCGUGAACUUUCGAUAUGAGUCUUGAAAAGUGAGGCUGUGAAUUUUUUUCGCCAUUUCUUUUGAUUCUGCUUGAAUCUCGUUACAAAGAAGCAAGAAUUGUUUGGACUAGCAGAGAAUCGAUCGACGACUGGUGUCUAUUGUUCAACGAAGGUUUUCGAAGCUGGGAUGUACGACUAUUUCCAACGUCGCCGCGGGUUUUUCGCGCUGCUUAGCGCUCCCGCCGUUUCUCUGGUUUUCACAGUCGAGGAGGAUGGUUAAACGUGCGCGAACAGUGACGUUUCGAUAAGAAAAUGCCACGAUGCUGCGGCGCGUCUUUGGUAUCCGUCAUGGACGGCGACGGGUCCCCACAAACUCUCGGUUUGCAGAUUCAGGACGGAACUACAAGAAAUAAAACGGCAUUAGCGCCCGGCCACAGUUUGAUGGAUUGGAUUCGAUUAGGCAAUUCAGGCGUCGAUUUAACUGGUGUCGGUGGUGUUUCAAAAGUCGUAACAUUAGCCGAACUGGCCACUCACAAUAAGCAAAACGAUGCUUGGAUCGCGAUUCGAGGAAUCGUGUUCAACGUAACGCGGUACAUGGACUUCCACCCCGGAGGAGUCGACGAAUUGAUGAGAGGCGUCGGAAAGGACGCCACGAAACUCUUUGAAAACGUGCACCCUUGGGUGAAUUACCAGAGCAUACUUCAGAAAUGCGUCGUCGGGAAGUUAAAUCGCGGAUCGGUCAGUGGGACAGCCACAUCCACGUCUGCAGAGAAUCCUGUUCCGAACACGAAUGUUUGCUCCACGGCGACGUUGAGCUUGAUAACAAGCUGCGCCACUCAUAAUAUCAGUUCAGAAAACGUGUCGGACACGGGUCUCUCGAGCACAAAGAUGACUUGGAAGCAGACGUCCAAUACAAUCACUCUGUACUAUCAGACAGUCCGCGAAUAUCCAGGUGUUUCCUAUCAAGUAACCAGAAUAAACGACACAAAGUUGCUAUUCAAACUGUUUUUUGAGAAGGACGUAGUAAUACAUCAGCUGGAAUUGACGGCGGAAAUAGAAUGGCCGCCGGUGUGCACCAGGAAUUUCGAAACGAUGGAGAUGGAGUUUACGUUCACGAAACAGAAACGAGUGAUAUGGAAAUCACAGGGUAGCCAAACGAUAUCUAGACAAACGAAUGCGAAUGACCUAACGUAUCGAGAAUACCAAGUACUUACAAACAAACCACUCUCAAAGUUAGUCCAUCUGUUAGUCGUACGAGCAAAAGAUUAUUUUGAGACCGUGCCUGUCGGCAGACAUGUGGAGGCCAAGAUGAACGUCAUGGGGAUGGAAGUGACGCGAUCGUACACCCCAGUUCCGCCGUGCCUUCACCCUGCCGAUGUGGCGUUGAAUUACAAGUCCGAUUGCUUGUGUUUAAUGAUUAAAAAGUAUCCGCAAGGGGCACUUAGUCCGUCCAUCGUCGCCCUUAAAGUCGGCCAGACCCUCUCCCUCAGCAAUUCUAUAGGUGCCUUCGUAGUAGAGUCCUUCGAUCGUUACACUGUCCUUCAUAUGAUAGCCGGUGGCACGGGUUUAACGCCGAUGCUUGGAAUCAUACAGCGAGCUUUGGGUAGACGUAACGUAAAGAGCAUAAACCUUCUCAAUUUUAACAAAGACGAAGACAACUUGUUUUACCAGGCGCAACUGGCACGGGCUAGCACUGAGAGCAAUUCCAGAUUAAAAGUUACACACGUGCUCUCUUUGGAAACCGAAAAUACGUGGACGGGUAGACGCGGCAAGUUGUCUGACGACCUAUUGAAGGAACUGGUCGCGGAAAGCACGCCGGAUGCAUGCAUUUUUAUAUGCGGCCCUGGGGGAUUUGUAGAAGCCGCGAGAAAGUCUCUACAAAAAUUGGACUGGAAACCAUAUCAGAUGUAUGAAUUUGACAAUUAGUCCUGAUCGUUGAAAGUGGAAAUUCUUCCUUUUUUGAUACCAAAAUCACAGAUAUAAAAUCAAUUUCCCUCGUGUCCCGCUACCAAAUUUAGGAAAAAGGAAACUUUUUGGAUAUCUUUAGAGCCCUGUCUCCGCCCAGGUUUAUCAAUGAAAAAUACGUAUCUAAUAUUCCGAGGAUAAUACGAACAAAAAAGAUAUCCCUGUACAAAUAGUUUUCGAUACAAGGAAUUAUACGAAAAGGAAAAUUUUUUUUACACAAAUAAGUUUCGUCUAUUGAUGUCAGCAUGAGUAAAAAAUUUAUUUAUUAUUUGUAAUGAGUAAAAAGUUAUUAUUAAUUUGUUGUAUAACAUUAUUUGUUUCGGAUGUGAAAAAGUGAACAUUCGUAAACUUCCACACUUUGUACUAUAUACUUACGAAUUUGAAAAGAAAAAGAAUAGGAGUAAGGGUCACUGAUGAAAGUCUCUAAAACUUGCGAAGCGAGAAGAAAUUAUUUUUUACAAUACAUUGCCUUUUAAUCUAUCACCCAGAAAAUCGCGCGUGUAUUUUGAACGAUUUUAUUCGAGAAUACGCAAUAAGAUAUUUUCACAGAUUCGAUCAUGGUGCUACACAUUUCUCAAAGCGAACAUCUCCCAAACACGUUUUACAAGAAAAUUUGCGAGCAUAUUUGUAUAAAAGCAUCAACUCUUUUUAUUUUCACCGCGGGCCCUUUCCUUUGGAAACAAAUCGCGUGCCAAACAGGGGCCUUAAUAGUUUCAACAAAUAUUACUAAAUGCAGUGGCCUAUUUUGCAAAAAAUUUCAAAGUUACCCGCGGAUAGUCUUUUACGUAAAAUGUAUUACACAUACGUAUAUAAAGAACGUUGGAGAACCCUUCGAACUAUUUUUAUUGAUCGAACGUAUUUGAACCCAAGAAGAAUACUUGUUUCGUUAAAACGAAUUCGAGUACGGACCACUUUCUGCAUUUACGUACGUGUCAAAUACGCCUAUUCUGUAUGUAUAUGUCUUGUAUAUGUAUGUACAUAGUUGUUACCAGAAAUAAAUGGAUAUUUGAUGGCUCCUGGU